GCCAAAAAAAAGCUUGGGUCGGGUACAUGUUUACUUGUAUAGGUACCUAACCUGUACCUAUUGUACCAACCUAAGGUUUUCUUUUCUUUUCGCUUCUCCAACUUUUUGCAUCUCCCAUAUCAAGUCAAGAUACUGUCCAUCUGCAUGGCGUUGCCGCAACCCGCUCAGCGGCGGCGCCUAAUGUUACCGUCUGCACCCGAGUUCCUACAGUCUGAAAUCACCCAAGUCAACCCAAGUCAACCCAAGUCACGCGUACCCCAUGCUCUUGAUUGCUAACGCUGCUCGCUCUCUCUGGUCUAGGCCUAGGAGAGAAUAUGCAUCGUGGUGCAUCGGCUUGCCAACUACUUGGAAUGCUGUCAGCUUGCAGGGUCACGCCGCCUCGUAUCUUGGAAAAGGGAGGCUGAGGGAGACACUGGCGAGGAGAGACAAGGAAGACAGGGAAGUGAGAAUAGACCUCAGACCUGGAGCACGGAAGUCGUAGUGGAAUUCCGUCAGAUGAUGUCGUGGAAUGCGUAUUAGCCUGCCCUUCUAGGGGAGUUCCCAUACAGUAACCGUAUUUACUUCUACCAUCUUCCCGUUUCCUUACCUACCUAGGUAUAUAUCGAGUAUAUGAACACCGCGAUACCCGGUCCUUGGAUAAUGCCGCUUUCCUACACCCCCCUUUAAUCUACGCGAUACGUCGUCCAGUUCCCGCUCGGAGGGUUUCCGAGGCUCGUGGAACUUCAAUGAUCACGAUAAACGUAGCUGUUCUCGUGUUGUGCCACUUGUGCCGACUUGUAUUCGCCGUCGAUACCACUGUCGACUUAUCAUGUAAUAAGUACGUCGGUUUCGCUACGCCGAACGGCAUCACGCAAUGGCUUGGCAUCCGGUACGCCGCGCCGCCCGUCGGCGAUUUGAGGUUUAUGCCUCCGCAGGAUCCUCCAUGCAACAAUACAACACAAAUAGCUGACCAGCACGGGAUGCUUUGUCUUUCAACGAGCAAUUCUCCGCCAGACAGUACUCAUUCGGAAGAUUGCUUGUUUCUCGAUGUGUAUGCGCCGACGGAGGCGACUCAGCACUCCAAACUACCCGUAUUUUUCUUCAUCCAGGGUGGGGGUUUCAACGUCCUCAGCAAUCCGAAUUUUAAUGGAUCCGGUUUGAUUGAAGCGAGCGGGAAUUCGAUUGUCGUCGUUACCUUUAAUUACCGUGUAGGGCCGUAUGGAUUCAUCACUCAUGAGGACGAGAUUACGCCUAACAAUGGCUUGCGCGACCAGCGGAAAGCACUCCAAUGGGUGCAAGACAAUAUAUCCCAAUUUGGCGGCGAUCCUGGACAUGUCGUUCUGGGCGGUGAUUCGGCGGGCGCCGCUAGUAUCAGUCUUCAAAUGGUAGCAUAUAAUGGCAAGAAGACUGAUUUGUUCCAUGCCGCUGCGGCAGAAUCCGUAUCCUUUGCCACUGUUCUUACCGUCGAUGAGAGUCAGUACCUUUAUAAUAAUCUUUCGGCACUCGUCGGAUGUUCGGGGUCUGACUCUCUCGCUUGUCUUAGAAAUAAGACUGCCGCAGAACUCCAGAGCCAGAACACAGGCUUGCCUUAUCCAGGCGAGAUGUCGAAACCGUUAUAUGCUUGGAACCCGGUGCUCGACUACGACUUUCUCACGGACUACACGUACAACUCGUUCGCCAAGGGCAAGUUUGUCAAAAUACCCGUGAUAUACGGCGAUGAUACCAAUGGUGGGACAGUCUUCACACCUAGAAGCACCUCGACAUUAGCUGAAAGCGAGGCAUUUCUCCGUGCUCAAUUUCCUUACCUAACCCGGGACCAGCUGGACGAGAUCAGUGAAAUGUAUCCAAACCAGAACGAUAGCUGCCCCAGUACUGGCUGCUACUGGCGCCAGGUUAGCGACGUUUAUGGUGAUUUGAGAUAUAUGUGUCCCACAUUAUAUAUAUCCUCGGCUAUGAGGAAACAUGGUGUCAGUCGCUCAUAUAAUUACCACUACAACGUCGAGGAUCCGGAUCAGAUCGCACAGGGGCUAGGUGUACCUCACACGGCAGAGCUGGCAGCAAUAUGGGGUCCUGAAAAUGCUGGGGGUGCGCCGGCGAGUUAUACAAAUGACGGCAUUAACGUUCCAGUCAUCCCCGUCAUUCAGGCGUACUGGACGAGUUUUAUCCGUACUUUCGAUCCGAAUACGCACCGCCACACCGGCUCAGCAUACUGGGAGAAAUGGGACGAGGAUGACCAGAACCGACUCCUAUUCGAAACAGGCGGUAGUACUAUGAUGGAAACUGUCGAUGAGGAUUUACAAAGUCAUUGUGAAUAUUUUUGGAGCAUUGGCGUAGAUAUUCGUCAAUAGGGGGAAUGAUCGCUUUAUAUAAAUGCUCUACCUCGCGACUGGGAAACGGGGGAGCGACUUCUAUCCGGGCUUGCGUUACGGUUUUUGGGACCUGUCAGAAAUAGAUAGAACUUAUACCGCGUAUACCAGAGUCGUAGGAUUGAAUUGGGCUAGCUUACGUAGAUUUAGAUACGCUAGGUUGGUGAUACCCUUUUGGAUAAAUUCUUUAUUUUGUUUGUUAAUAAACUGAAGCCGAUGUUUCUCCAUUCUACGACAU